CAUUCUUUAUGUAUCUAAAUGAACGCAAUGCAUCGUAGGUGGCACCAGUUCACCGAAGUGUUUAUAACGACGCGGAAACAUGUGUGGUCGAGCGGCUUGUUCUUUGAAUCCUGACACUGUGAGCCGAGCUUGCGAUUACAAGGAUGGCACCGGCAAACGACGUACUACGCCUUGGACGAAAAGCGACGUCAAAUACGUACCGUCAUACAAUAUUGGCCCUAAAGAUGUUUUACCUUGUCUCGUCGCUGGCUCACAUUUCGGACAAGAUGACGAGAGAGUACUUUGCGCUAUGAUGUGGAGUAUGAUACCACCCUGGCACGAGGGUGAUUAUAGGAAACAUUCUUUAUCAACGCAUAAUGCACGCCUGGAGAAUCUUAAAAGUUCUACACUAUAUGCUCCACCACUUCGUAAGGGACAAAGAUGUAUCAUAGUUUGCGAAGGUUACUAUGAAUGGAAAGCUGGUAAAACUAAGAAAGAAUCUAAACAACCAUUUUACAUUUGUGCUGCUCAAAAAAAAGGAAUUAAAGCAGAUGAUCCUUUAACAUGGAAGAAUGAAUGGUCAGAAGAAAGUGGUUGGCAAGGUUUUAAGGUAUUAAAAAUGGCAGGAAUAUAUAACAAGUUCAAAACUGGAGAGGGUAAAGUAAUAUAUAGUUGUACGAUAGUUACAACAGAAUCUAAUAAUGUCUUCUCAGCAAUACACAAUCGUAUGCCUGUAUUUUUAAAAACAGAAGAUGACGUACAUACUUGGCUAAAUGAGGACCUCUCUGUAGUUGAAGCAGUUAACAUGUUAAGCAAAUUAACAUUGACAGAGGGUGAUUUAAGCUGGUACCCUGUCUCAACUCUUGUAAACAAUGUUUCAAAUAAAAGUGAAAAUUGUAGGAAGGAGAUAAAACCUGUAGAAGAGAAAAAAAGUAACCCUAACACUUUUAUGACUUCUUGGUUGAAGAAGGGGACAGUGGAAUCAGCUAAGAGAAAAAGUACAAAUACCGAUGAUGACCACAGCAACGAAAGUCCAAAAAGUAUCAAAAAGCCACCGAAAAUUAAGUCGGUGGUGGCUCGGUACUAUUCGCGCGAGUGGGUGCAGUGUGUACGGCAAAGAACGAAGGUGUACACGUACGUGCGUACCGAGAGAGCCUAUCUGUGGUGGUUGCGCGUUUUCGUCUCUCGUGCCGCGGGGGCUGCCCUUCGCGAGAAUCCGCGUCACGCAUGGCACUGCUCCGUGCCUGAGACGCCUUUUUCCCGGAGACAGAGAGAGCGAGAUCGCGCGCGACCGGGGCCCAGCCUCUUCGCGUGCCUCGUCUCGUUUUGCCGUUUUCGAGCACCGGAGAGACCGAGUCGCGAACGAGCCGACAGAAUGACCAGCCAAGGGACGCGCGAUCAAGGGAUCAGCAACGUAGAGACCGAGUACCAGGAGAUCAACUCGAAGGCAGCCUGGCCGAUCCUCUAUCAGCAUAUUCGUAAUGAAUGCAGCAACUUCACAUACACAUGCAACGAAUCUAAAAAACCUCAAAACAAAAAUUUGAACCGUUAUAGAGAUGUUGCUCCAUAUGACCAUAGUAGAAUUGUUCUUAAAAGAGGGGCAAGUGAUUAUAUCAAUGCCAACCUUAUACAGGUAGAUCGUGCCCACAGACAAUACAUUCUUACUCAAGGACCAUUAGAAAAUACUGCAGGUCACUUCUGGUUGAUGGUAUGGGAGCAAGCCUCUAAAGCAGUGUUAAUGUUAAAUAAAAUAAUUGAAAAGAAUCAAGUUAAAUGUUAUCAGUAUUGGCCACUUGGUGAUUCAUUGGAUGAUACUAUGACGUUUUUGGAUGUUGGUAUAAAAGUAGAAUAUGUCAGCAAAACAGAAUCAUCGGAUUACACAACUAGAAUAUUAAAAUUAACAGAUUUGGAAUCAAAAGAAAGUAGGGAAAUACUACACUUUCAUUAUACUACUUGGCCAGAUUUUGGUGUACCACAAAGUCCAACAGCCUUUCUUCAUUUUCUGGCAGAUGUUAGGCAAUCAGGAGCAUUAGAUCAAAAUGUUGGACCCCCAGUUGUACAUUGUUCUGCGGGCAUUGGAAGGUCGGGAACAUUUUGUUUAGUUGAUACAUGUCUUGUUUUGAUUGAAGAAAAUGGAUUGAAUUCUGUAAAUGUUAGAGAUGUGUUGAUCGAAAUGAGAAGAUCCAGAAUGGGUUUAAUUCAAACGCCAGAUCAAUUAAGAUUUUCUUAUGCUGCUAUAAUUGAAGGAGCAAAACAAUUGCCAUCCAAUAACGUGAAUGUUGAUAAUGAGAUAGUCACAAAUCAUUAUGAUGUAGUUAAUAAUAUUAGUCAUUCUUCGAUUGAAGAAGAAGAUGAACCGCCUCCUUUGCCACCUCCAAGAGGUGAAUCGUUAACACGUAGUAUGAUGGCAGACUUAACUUCAAAUGCAACGACAAAGAACGAUGAAUUAGGUGGACCUCCUGAUAAACCGCUACCCAGAGAGCCGCCGACUCAAACGGAAACAUCUACAAGUUCAUCACCACCAAACUCUACAGCGAUCGCAAAUAAUUUACAUGAAAAUAGUUCAGAUAGUAUUUCAGUGCCUAAUGAAAUUACUAGCGACGGUGAAAACUCUUUGCAAACAUGUAGUCCUCCGUCCAGUCCAGAUGUGAAAAACGAAGUACGCCAACGUCAUAAAGAAAAGAAGGAACGUUUGGCAGCAUACGUACGGGAAAUCAAGCGUCGACAAAAGGAGACAGAAGAAUGGCAAAAGCUCAAGAGGUCAUUAUUUAAGCCCCUUUCAAUAGGCAUAGGUGCCGCAAUUGUUGGUGGGGGUAUUCUAGCAAUCUGUGGCUACUUGUACAUGCGUGGUUAGGAUUGAAUUGUUUCCAUGUCGCGCGUGUACAUAGAAUCUUUUGAGCUGUCAGUGAUACUAGGUGAUUCGCACGUUCAAGAAUAGUUACUUUCACCACGAGAUAUUUAACAUUAUUUGCACAUGUCAUUGCUUGUCGUCGUGAGAAAGGAAUUAAUCAGGGAGAAGCAUUUGGUAUUAUACGAUUGAAGGAAUCUAUAUAGUCGUCCGAAAACGUACUAUCGGUAACAAAUAAUUAAUAAUAGAUUCAGAGAUAUGAGUUAUCAAAGAAAUGUUCAGAAAGAAAAAGUAACUUAUUCUAAGGAAGUGCGUUUGUAAAGGAUGUUGUUUUACGACAAAGAUGCUAACGAAGAAAAGAUAGAAAGGUCGAUGAUGAAAGAAGAAGGGGGAGAUCUUCAAUUUGUAUUUUUAUAUUGUGAUUUACUCAAUGAGUACGUAGAAUAUUAGACGGUAUACAUUCUUUUGAAGAUUUUUCAUUAGGUUCCCUUGAAAGUCGAAGUUCUUGAAGUGAGUAGAUUAUUUCGUAUUCGUGUUUCCAUUUAUGAUGAAGGAAUAGGAGGUGCAUUGAAUCAAACUUUUCGUUCGCGUUAUAAAUCGAAAAUGAGUCUCCUUAUUAUUUGCACCAGGUGCUUUAAAAGGAAAAUGAAAACCUACGUAAAGGACUAAAAGAAGCGAUGAGUCAAUGCCUUCUUACUCAUACAUCGUAAUAACCGUAGGCUUUCAUAUACACGAUACACGUUAUACAAAGUGGGUGCACGACGUUCCAACCAGCAAACAUUAUUAUUUACUUUCUAAUACAAAAGCAUAAACAAGUAUUACUCCACCACUUUUAGAUUUAGUUCUUUUUAUUUAACUAAUUUCUUUACAAACAAUAUUUAAAGUUUAAUUAAUACUUCGAAAACAAAUGAGCGGAGUCUCUUUAAUUUAAACAAGGUUUUCAAAUAAAAUAGUCCUAUUGUCAGUAAUUAUUCAAAUUAUUUGCUUAAAAUUUAAAAGCACCGAAUCACUUCACUAGACUCUUAUGAAUAUAUUCGUGAUAGACAUAGAGGAAUGUUAACAAUUUUAAUUAUAGUAUACACUGUGAAUGUUUUAAAUAACUUGCCCGACAAAGUAGAACCCAUUCUUCUAUCGAGUAUCUACAAAGAAGAAAAAUUUAUACUAGAAUUAGCAUAAGCCAUACCUGUGACAUACCAUGGCCCAUUCUUUACGUGGGAAGCUGUUUAUUUAGAAUUAUCGCGAUUUUAUUUGACACUUGUUCCUGGGGCUAUGAGUAAAGAGGUAUAAACUUUUAACUUUCUCUCUUCCUUAAAGGAAUGCAGACCAUCAAGGUAUUCUGUUAACUGGCAACUUGUGCCUUCGAUUGUGUACUUGGUAAUGUUUCAUAGAAUUUCAUACAAUGCUCAUAAGAUCGAGAAUACGAGUGAUUUUAUAUGGAAUAAUAGGAGAAACUUUUUUUUUACACAAAAAAAAAACAUAUUUGGUAUACAGAGGAAGGUUAGUAACGAAUUUUAUUACAACAAUUAAUGUCAACAGAAAACAACAAAAACGUUCCAACUGAUGAGCUUGCAUGGUGCUCAUUACGCAGUCUUCGCGAAACUUAUGCAUAUUAAUUAUUCGUUUUCACUUAAUAACGAAGCAGUGGACAAAGUGGGUGCCAAACAAAUUAUAAACUAACAAAAGUUUUGUAUAAUGCAUAAGUAGACAUGCGUGCAUUCAAUACCUCUAUGGUCUUAUUCAGUUCCUGGCAUUGUUUCAUACUGACACUUUAGAUAUCAAACUGACAUCAAAUGAUUAUCAAGAGUAGCAGCAACUGAUUUUCAAAAACUAGUUAUUAUGAUGAUUCGUAGGAACUCCCUCGCAAACAUGCAAUCAAGAGUUCAGAGAAUUAUUAAAACGAUAAUUCUACUGGAUUAAUUAGAAAGCUCUUGGUAACAUUCAGCGGAGUCUGAUGCCAUCCGAAUACUCUAUAAGGAAUGUGUGAAAACAAAUCCAGAAACUAAUUGAAUCAAGCAAAACACAUUGGAAGCAUCUUUUUCAUGAGAUCGCCGGUUAGCGAGCUUUUAUACACUUUUAAUCCCUUUUUAAAGCAUUUUUCUACACAAAUAACUUGGAAACACCUCACCUUUGCGCUAGAUAAAGAUAGAGAAAGGCGUUGAAAGAAUCAUUUCUUCUAAAGUACGAUUUCCGACCGAUUUGCUCAACGGGAUAGUAAAGUCCUUGGGCAUCGCAAAAAGACUGAAUACGUCUAAUUGCUUCUAAAGGAGACGAAGUUAACGAAGAAAAAAAAUGAAACAAGUACGUGUUAAGCCUGUACUCUUAAGCUGAGCUUUUAUGUAAAUCACAGUUACUAAGCUCGCGUAGAGAAAUAUUUACUUGUCGGAUCGUGUUCCAAAACGAAACAGAAACAAAGUGGCGAAGGACGAGGGGGUAUGUAGUUCGCGCGUCACGACUUUCCUCGCGUUGAAAGCACGUCGCGGACGAAGUGUAUUUUGUACUUUUGUACGUUGCUAGCUCUAGGUUGGAAUACGAUCUUUGCAAAACAAACAAACGAAAAAAAAGUGAAAAGAAAAGAAGGAAACAGCAUAAAAGAAGAAAAAGAAUGAAAACGAGAUUCUCGGGUACGUCUGUUAUCACAGCGCACCAAUCGAAUGUUACUUUACAGAUACCAUGUUCCAUUGAAAAUCAAUGUUAACGUAUGUUCGAAGUUAAUACAGUAUUCUGUCGUCGGUACCGUCUUAAAUGUGUGUGCACCAUUAUCUCGUUACCUGAUUUUCUGCCUAGAGCGUGAUUAUACGAUUAGGAGAGUGCGAUCGGAGCAGCCGCAUCUCACAGACUUUUAACGCGACGAACAAUUAGCGAGGUGGAGGGUGCCAGAACCGAGAACGUACGCGCGUGCAAGCCUUCACUCAGAACGACUCGGUCGAGCGAAAGAGAUUAACGUUUCUAGUGAUUAGAAGAAAUUUAAUAUUUUUUAGAAGUUUGAUUUUAUUCAGGAUAUUAGCAUCACCAGAAUAGACGUUUAAAACUCUGGAAUAAGAUUGGAAGCUUUUGAGUGUGAGUGAUUCUUUGUAUCACUGUACAAUAGAUGUGCCCUUAAUAUUUAAUUCAAUAGGUGUAAUUAAACAAGUCUUAGCUUUUAGAUUACAGGAUACUGCUAUGGGAGCUGUAGAAACAUUCAAAGUUAGUGUCUUUGUGUUUUCAGUCUUCACAAGAAAUUACGUUAACACGUAUUGGCAUAAGGUGUUGAUGAACCAUGUUAAUGAAAACUAAUGGUUUCUUAACUUUCAA